GACAGGAGGGGCACCAUUGCCGCCAUUCAUGCCACCUCCUUCUUCAAGUGACGCGCCAGCGAAGGAAAGAUCCAGACACCCUGAUGACAUCUCAAACUCUAAAUCAAGCCCAAAUGAACCCACCAUAAGCAAUCAAUCCCCAUUUUGAGAGAACACAGCGGGUCAUUUCAUUUAUUGUGGGUUCCCGCAAUUUCCAUGGCCAUGGAUGGUGGAACCAUGGACAACCAUAUCCUGAGCUCAAAGCUUGCGCUCACCUGGUUCAUCGGUGGCUGUCUUUUGAGCGCCUCUCUUCUUGGCUUCUACUUCGGCUUCCCCUCUGCUUCGCAUGUCUUCUCUUUUGGAAAGAGAAAGAAGAAGGGGCCAAUCAGGGUUUACAUGGAUGGAUGCUUUGAUAUGAUGCAUUACGGCCAUUGCAAUGCUCUGCGCCAGGCCCGUGCCCUAGGGGACCAGCUUGUCGUGGGUGUGGUCAGCGAUGCAGAGAUCAUCGUGAACAAGGGCCCUCCUGUCACUCCUCUUCACGAGAGGAUGAUAAUGGUGAAUGCUGUGAAAUGGGUUGAUGAGGUUAUCUCUGAUGCUCCUUAUGCAAUUACAGAGGAAUUCAUGAAUAAGCUGUUUAAUGAAUACCAAAUUGACUACAUCAUUCAUGGAGAUGACCCUUGCCUUCUUCCUGAUGGAUCUGAUGCUUAUGCCCUGGCGAAGAAAGCUGGUCGUUAUAAGCAGAUCAAGCGGACAGAAGGAGUCUCGAGCACUGAUAUUGUUGGUCGCAUGCUUCUUUGUGUGAGAGAGAGGGCUAGCGGUGACAGUCACAAGACUCAUAACCAUUCAUCUUUGCAAAGGCAAUUUAGCCAUGGGCAUAACCAAAAGAUGGAGGAUGGCGGAUCGGGAAGUGGAACACGAAUUUCUCAUUUCCUACCAACAUCGCGACGCAUUGUCCAGUUUUCAAAUGGAAAGGGGCCCGGACCUGAUGCUCGCAUUAUCUAUAUCGAUGGUGCAUUUGAUCUCUUUCAUGCUGGGCAUGUAGAGAUACUAAGAGUUGCUCGGGAGCUUGGAGACUUCCUGCUUGUUGGGAUCCACACAGAUCAGACAGUCAGCACUAAUAGGGGUGCACAUCGCCCGAUCAUGAAUCUUCAUGAAAGAAGUUUGAGUGUUUUAGCUUGUCGAUAUGUUGAUGAGGUUAUAAUCGGUGCCCCUUGGGUGGUGUCAAAAGACAUGAUUACAACAUUUAACAUCUCCUUGGUUGUUCAUGGAACGGUUGCAGAGAAUAGUGAUUUUUGGAAGGUAGAUGACAAUCCAUAUGCAGCUCCUAUUAGCAUGGGAAUAUAUAGAGAAAUAGAAAGCCCUUUGGACGUCACAACCACAACCAUCAUCCGAAGGAUUGUGGCAAAUCAUGAAUCUUAUCAGAAGAGAAACGAAAAGAAAGCAGAAAGUGAGAGGAGAUAUUAUGAGGAUAAGACAUAUGUCUGCGAUGACUAACUUUAGUAGACUUGGGAGGAUCCCAUCCAUUGGGGUGGUAUUUCUAACUUCUUUCCCUGGAGAUAGAUUGUACAGAGCCAAUUUUAUCAUGUGGCAUGCUAUUACCCAAUCCCAGUUUCUUGCUCAUUGUGAUGCAUCUCCAGUCAUUCCAAUCAGGUAGUGCAUUGGUUCUGUUUUCCGGGUUCUCUGUCGGUCAUAUGAAAUUAUGUUCAGAGGUUAACAGCGAUCAGAUGAGAUAGGAUGUUAUUCUGCUUCCUUUUUGUACCUAAUGAUCUCCUUCCUGUAUGUCAGAUUAGCAUUAUUAUCACUAUAGGUUAGUGUUACAUUUAUCAAGAUGCAUAUAGCUCCCAAUGCUGCCCCUAGCUUGGGUGCAGAUGUUGCUGCAUCUUUGUUGAUCUUGUAGCUUUUCAUUGUUACUAACUGGGGCAAGAUAUGACUUUACAGAACCAAGGGGAAAAAAAAAACAACUAGACUUGGGCAUCUGUAGCAGUGGCUAUGAUUUCUCAAGAAAUUUAACAUCUUGUUCUUGUGGAAAUUAAUUGUAAUUGUGGAAGUGUUUCAUUUAUAGUACCAAUUUUUUACAAAUGACAUUGAAAAGGAAGAGGUAAUGAAUACAAUAUUGCUUGGA